CUUGCAGAGGCAGUCACUGCAGUAGUGUUUUUGCCCACUUCUGAAGAAUAAGGUUGAAGGUUUGAAAGAUACCUUGAGAAAGGUGAUGGCAUUCUCUGUUUUUUUACGCGGUUGCCUAUUCCUCGGAUGUUUUGUUUUCCAAGUGGCUAAUUUAUCAACAGGCUUCAACGUUGUGCAAUCACCACGUUUCCUGGGAAUGAAAACUGGAGCCAACGUGUGUCUUUCCUGCAUGAUUGACUCUCAAGACGCAGCGGAAGUGAAAUGGUGGAAACGUUUGGAAAACGGCGAUCAGUUGUAUUGGAAUGAGAGUGCAUCUGCAACCAAUGUUUCACAUAGCAGCUCACGCUGUUUUAAUUUGAAUAUUAAAAAAAUCAAAAGUUUUCACAGUGGAGUUUACUACUGCAAUAUCCAAAUCAAUAACGUUAUCAAAAAUGGUUCCGGGACUGAGCUAAAAGUACAUGCUCGUAUUGAAAGAGAAGAGAUUGCCAGUAAGAACACAGUGAAGGAUGCAAUUAUUCUGAUUCAGGGUGUUCUCCUGCUAGCCUUCUGUUGUGCUCCAUUUCUACUGAAUCUAAGCAAGGACGAUGCAGAAUCAGAUAAUGGAGAACUCGAGGAAGAACAUACUUAUGAGGGUUUGGAAAUCGGACAGAAUGAAAAUACAGCUACAUAUGAAGAUAUUGUUACUGUACAGAGAAAUGGAGAGGCAAGGUGGAUGUAUGGAGAGCAUCCUUGUCAGGAAUGAUGAAUUAUUUUACCGAAAGUGUAAUUCUGAAAUGUGUCCACUGGAUCAGUUUGUCACUGGGAGAAUUUUGGGAAAGUGGGGUGGGGGGUGGGGGGUGUGUGUGUGUGUGUGUGUGUGACCGAGUUGUUGUUGAGUGGCGUGUGGGUGGUGACGUCACGGACCAGAAACAAAAACUAAAACAAUGAAUGGCAGGUGAAACUGAACGCAACGGCGCUCAGUGUUUUAUUAAAUAAAUCAAACAAAAGGUUUAAACAAACACACAACAUAAAGGCGCGUUGGCCAAACUAACAAGUAUCAUGCUGGUUUUUAGCCAGCACGUCUAGCAAUUGUUUUACUCUCACUCUCCCACAGUCUCUCCUCUGAUACUCUCCGCUUUCUGAGUCGAGAGUGGGUCUUUUAUAUUCUGGCUGAGGGGUUAACUAGCUGUUAAUUAAUUAUCCUAUUACUCCUCGGCCAUAGUCUGCACAAGUUUAGUAAGGAUGCGUGACUGUCAGCCAGUUAAAAAAAACUGAUCAGUCACGCAUCCUCACAAGGUUUUUAAAAUCAAGAAACACAAAACAAUAACAAAUAUGCAGCGCUACGCCAGAAUAUAAACAUAUAAAUCAUAAUAUAAAAUAAAUAAUAAACAAAGGGAAGGGACACUCCGCCACAGGGGGAUAACAUGAACAACUUGUGCAGGAUACACUGUGGUUUGAACUAGGGGACUGAUCACCUGGACAUCCCUUACACAAACUAGCCAGGAGUGUGCAUCAGCUGCAGUGCUCAACUUGAAAUUACCCAUGAUUUACUUUGCAUAGUACUGUCACUGAAUAGACUCUAGAAAUGUGAUCUCAGUAGCCUGGUGUAGAUUAUAGAGCACUUGCCUUUAUUCCCUCCUGUUGUAUUGGUAAUUUUUUUUGCUGUAGCAUCAAAUUACAUGUUCUUAUAUUGUUACUGUCCCCUUGCCUUUUAUGAUGUUUGCAAUGAUUACUUUGUUCAGGAGCUGCCCUUCAGCUCUAGUCAGUGGCGCUGGAACAAUUUUUAUAGUGGGGGUGCUGAAAGCCAUUGAACAAAACUGUAUAUGAUGGAAGCAGGUGCUGCCGCACCCCCAGCACCCCAAGUUCCAGCGCCCCUGGUUCUAGUUGUCUGCCAUAGACAUUUAUUAGACAGGAUAGAUCAACCACAGGGGUCUUUACAUUAGUUAGCACCAGCACCAUCUCUUGCACAGCAGUGUUUUGCCUGAAAAAUGUAAGGAAAUGUAUUCCAAAGUGGCAGAUCAUUAGAGGGUGCUGGCUCUUAUGUCUAUACAGUAGGAUCUAGCGUAUGUUACAUACAUCAAUGGCAGGUAACUAGAUUUGAAGAGCAGGAGAAAGGAUCCCAAUGCAGAUACAUCUUAAAACACAAUAUUUGACUAACUGCAAUAAGAACCAGUCAAAAUGACUGCAAGCAAAUUUAAAAGGACAGAGGAUAGAAAAACUGACUCUCCUCUAAGUAUAAACUGUAAAAUGUCCAGUAGGGUGAGUAUGCUAUAGGUACAUGUGGAAUAUACAUGGUAGAUGGUUGUUAUAAAUCUGUACAAGGUGCCACCCUCAGCGAAAUCAAUAUUAGAGAUGCCAAUGCAUAAGAUUAGGAAUUGGUGUCUCUUCAUUUAUUUAUUAUCAGAAAAGAAAGGAGUAAUAUGUUUUUAAUUGGUGGAUAACAUGAUUCUUAAACCUGUAGGCCAGUGCUGCCCAAACCCGGUCCUGGAGAGCCCCUAUCCAGCAGGUUUUAUAGGUAACCUUUAAUCAUCAAUUUCUUAACACCUGGAACAAUUUCAUUGUGAUCAAUUAAGCAGGUGAUUUAUUAAAUGAAGUCAUUUAGAGAUCAUUUGGUACAAAAAAUGAACUACCCUUUUCAGCCCUCAAUGGCCUGGAUUACAUGCUGGGAAAAUGUCAUGACUUAUCUGUCUACUGUCAUGACUUAUUUAAGGUGGUACGGCUGAAUUACAAUUUUAGAUCUAAUUUAACAAUUCCUGCUUUGAAACGUCAUGUUGUAUUUGAUUUUUGUAUAAUAUAUUAUAUUUGUAUUCAAACAUAAACUAAACAUAAACCAAAACUAACUAAGAUUGUAAUCCAGACCGUACCACCUUAAAUAAGUCAUGACAGUAAACAAGUCAUGACAUUUUCCCAGCAUGUAAACUGGCCCAAUGACCAGAGUUCCCAUAACUGAACAAGUUAUUUGCUUAAUUCAUCAAUAACUCCCAUGUGUUCCCAGUCUUUAGAAAUUAGCGAUUUAGGGUGACCUAAAAAACUUACUGGAUAGAGGCUCUCCAGGACCGUGUUUGGGCAUUUGGACAUUUCUGGACAAUGAGAAAUGUCAGCAAAAACAAAAUGGUAAUAUUUUUUUUUUCCCCACUUCUGGAUUCUGGAUCUUUCAUAUCAAUUUUUUUUUAAUAUGCUUGUGUAUGUGUUUGUAAUGCUUUAUUAAAACAAGGUAUGUGUAUUCAUUUAGCUAUGAUAACAAACAACAAUCUACAUUUUCCUAUAAGAAAUUUACAAUCAACACCCUAACACUCUGUUAAGUUAUACCAAGAAAUGUAAGAUACAGGGACAUACAGAGGCCAGCAUUAUUUCACAUCUUAUUUUUUUUUUUACCGUGGUACCGAAGGAAAUGUUGUACUUUUUAAAAUAAAAAGUUGAACUAAACAUCACUGAAGGGGCCAGUGAACAGGUUUACAGAGUCUAGUUAAGCAGAGGAACACAGAUUUUAAAACUGUAGUUACUUGAAUCUGCAUUAUCAUUACUAUUUUAUGUUUAGCAGUAAUUGCAAGCCACACUUUUUCCAUAUCACAAAUGCACUAUCCAAAUUCCUACUGCAGUAUCUAUUCAAAUAUUUUUAUUCCAUCUUUUAUUUUUUAUACUGUGAGCAUUGAGCUUUGAUGUAAGCCUGCUUGUUCUUUUUGAUUGGGUUUGAUUGUGUUUAUUUUUAAUAAAAUGUUUUGUAAUUGA